AGUGAUACAGCGAGUGGGAAGGAGUGUAGAGAGUGCCUGACUGUCUUCACUCAGAACCACAACACCGACGUAACAUGGCUAGUAAAGACCUUAUCAGAGACGUCAUCCUUUCAGUAUGUUACUGUGUGCUGCUACAUUUCUCACCUUGCAGAAGAUGUCUGGAAAUCUUUGGUUUAUGAAUCCUCCAUCGUUACUUUGCAUCUCUUAUGUUCUUCGUGGGACCCUCUGCUAGACCUGACUGAUCUGAAGGAUUUCCUGGAUUACAGCCGAGCAAAACUGGGUUCAGAAAACCUAAAAGUAGUGAUAACUGGUGUGGAGAAUAUACAUUUGGAGAGACAGAUUACAGCCUGGUGGAUGACGGGGAGAUACCAGGACUGUGAACACUUGACACUCAGCAAAGCAGAAAUUAAAUCUCUGACUGAACAUAAAAUAAACCCUCUAUCAGUGGAGAGAAGAAUGGCCAAUAAACUCCGACACAUCCACCACAUCCUAAAGGAGGCUUCAGAGAAAUACAAUAAACGGAUAUUAGAGCUUUAUCAUGGAUUUUCACGUGAGUUAAAUGACUCACUUGGGAUUGUCUCCAGAUCAACAAAUAGUGAUUUUUCCUGGAUAACGGAACUCCUUCAUUCAGAUAAUUUCAAGGAUCUUGGUUUAGAUGUCAAACCAUUUACUAUCGACAAUGGUCUAUUCUACAGUGGGCUUUACUUCUUUGCUUUCUUGUACUUCAUCAAGAAGAGAGGACAAAUCGAUGAGGCCGAUGCAGAGGAUAUGCAGAUGAUACAAAAGUACAAAAGUCAUUUUGGGAAGGAUAAUAUGAUCAUAGUAAUAGAUAACGUGGAGGACAGCAGUGAUCAGCAGAAGAAACAAAUAUUGAAAAGUUAUCCUGACAUAGAAGAUUUGUACCACAAUAUCUUUUUAUUUAGUCAUCAGGAAAAGUCAUCAGAAUAUGAAACCUUAUUGUCCGCUCUGCUGAACAUCAAUAUAACUCGUCCACAACAAGCUGGAACACUGAUGCCUAUCCAGAGGAAUUAUAUACCUCCCACGCAAGAAAAUGAAAAAGUUAAACCAGCAAUACCAUCCAGACAGAAAUUUGCUGCUGUUACCCCGGAACUUCGGUAUUUCUAUGAAUUACCGGAAGCUUGGCACGUGUAUUGUUAUAAACAACAAGAAGUUUGAUAAAAGCACAGGU